CAGUUGAACAGGAUCACACAGUCUAUUCAGUUUUUGUUCAUAAAUUUAAAUAAAAUACGAUCAUUUAUACAUUAUUGACAUCUAGCAAGUUUUUUCAAUUGUUUAAUCUUUUAAAGUAAAAUAUUGUGUUUCGUAGGGUGUUGUGUCAAUUGUAGUUUGUUUACGUUUUACUCAGAGAAGGUUUUACUUAAAUGGACGAAAAUGUAAUUCAUUCCUUUAAAACAAAGAAUUAAAACUGUUUGUAAUGACACUAUAAAGUUUAUUUCUAUUGAAGUGCAGUAAUUACAUGUAUCAUUAUGUAUUCUGAAUGGAUAUCAGUUCCAGUCACACGAAAUGCAGAAGAUAAUAAGUGGAGUGUUUUGCAUACUUUGCCUGGAAAUGCAGGAAGGGAUGUUGUCAUUGCUGUAGUUAAACCUUUAGCCAGUAAUCUUGGUAUUAGUACUCCAGCUUGUGAUCCAAGCAUACUUGUUUCUGAUAAACAAGUUCAUUGGUGUAUGGAGGUUAUAUGCUAUGGCCUUGGUUUGCCUCUGUCUGAACAUGAAGCUAUACGAGACUGUGUGAAUGUUUACUGUGAAUGGAUGCUUGCUCUAACAAAACCUAAAGUCUGUGUUCCUAAGUGCAUAUGUGAAGAUCCUAACAUCUACACUAGAAAUAUGUUGAACCAUUUGUACAAUUUAUUUUUACCCAGAAAUGAUAAUAGUGCUGAUAUCAUAAACAGACAAGCAGUAUUGUGUCAUAGAGUUUUAAGAACUAUUGAAACUGUUGCACAAGAAUCAACUGUAAUAGAUAGGGAAACAUGGGAUGCACUUCUAUUAUUCCUACUGUCUAUUAAUGAUACUCUUCUAGCUCCUCCAUCUGUUCCUGAUGACAUAGGAAGCCAUCUUUGUGAAAGAAUUCUUGGUGUUUUGAUGGAAGUCUGGCUUUUGGCAUGUCAUCGUUCAUUUCCAUCUCCAUCAUUGUGGAAAACAUUCCGUGAGUUAUCCUGCAGCUGGAGGCAUCGGAUAGCUUUAGUAGAUCAGUGGAAUCGUGUCAAUCUAGCUCUUACGUCACGUUCUUUGCAAUUUAUGUUUGCAAAUUAUCCGGCAACAAAACUAAGUGAUGAUGAUUCUCAUCUAGUUCCUGCUGAUAUGAGCAAUGACUGUAUCGCUCAAGCAUGGUAUAGAAUGUUACACACUUUGGGUAAUCCAGUUGAUCUCUGUAGACCAGAGGUCAUCAGUCAAACUCCAAAGUUCUACCAUUUUGCUCUGAGCAGCGAAAUGGUAAUUGAUCCUUGCCAACAUCCUUGCCUUGCUGUUCUUCCUCAAAUAUUUUAUAAGGCUAUGAAAGGAAUAUCCAACCUUGUGGAUGUAUUUUUAGGAAUCGCUCAGCUUGAUGUUGAAGAAACUAGUCACAUUCCCAGAACUUAUUCUCAUUCUUCUCAUACAGUUUCAUCCACUUCAAGCACUCCACCCCAUAACCGGAGGGGAUUUUCUAAAAAUGCCCCAAAGGAUUCUGCAACUAAAAGUGCUCAAAAAACGAGCCUCAUCUCAAAUUUAACAUCGGUAAAAUCUACAUCUGGCAGUCAAUCAUCUUUUAUAUCACAAUCUCAGCAACAGCUAUUGUCACAGACUCCGCAGCAAUCUCCGCUAUCCACACCAACAACAACUGCAGCUCCACCUUUACGACCUCCCCUCUCUCCGUCCAGGCCUAAAUGUAAUUCAGUUCUUCAUCUCUAUGGAUCUUGGUUAUUUGAAGCUGCCUUAGUUGGUUCAGAUAUGUCCGCGUUCACCACCAGCUCUGAUCAAAGUGAUGCUAGCUUACGUAGACCAAGUUCUCUUGUUCUUGAUAGCAGGCAAAGCACUGCACCCAUGUUAGAGUCUUUUGAAAUACCGCCUAAUCUUACUUUGGAAAAUUUUGAAUCUGGGCAAGCAGAGGCUGUUGGUUCAUUGUGUAGAAUAUUUUGUGCUAAAAGAACUGGUGAGGAAAUUUUGCCUGUGUACUUAGCCAGAUUUUAUUCUGCCUUGCAGUAUGGCUUAUCCGGUGGCUUGUCUAGGGGACAAAUGUUAUCUAGCAUUCUAAUGAAUUCCAGUGAUUUGCUCAGAAAAGAUUUAGAUGGAGUUAUGAUACUUCUUCCUGAUUUUCUUCAGGCUUUGGAGCUAGUAUUACCUGGGGAAAUAAAAAUGAGACCUGGGCCAUUAGUUGCUCAUGCUGAGUUGCGUCAUUCAGCGAUUCAUUUACUGCUUUCUAUGCUUCCUUUGCCUUUACAUUUUUUCAACUUGCCUAUAAAGACUCUUACAUCUACGGAGAAGUCUAAUCUAACAUUCCAAUCUUUGAAGAUUCGUCUUGUGAAUCUUUUGAUAAAUGCUUUACAGGUUGAAACUGAAUCACUGAAUACACAUAUGCUUCUAGGAGGUCUUAUGUUUUUCAUUCAAGAUUCGGCAGCUUGUGAAGAUAAUGAACAAAUAACUCAACCGCCUUCAAAUGACAAUGCUAGUGUUGAUUCUGUUAAUAGUUUACUGUCAUCUGAACUACAGACAGAAGUAGCUGAAAGUUGCGAUUCUCUAAGCUCAUCUGAGUGUAGCAGUUUGGGUCCUGACCUUGACAACCUAUUAAGAGCUGAUUUCCCUCUUCUUAUUGAUGAUUCUACUCAUGCUCUUUUCCUUCGUGCGACCUACCUCAUCUGCCACAGAUUGAUAUCUUCUUGGAAGACUGAUCUCAAUGUUUCUCUUGCUGCUCUUGAAGUUUUAUCUGGAUUGGCUAGAAUUCACCUCCCUCAAGCAGAUUCUCUGGAGGGAAAACGAGCAGUGAAAUGGAUUUGUGAUUACAUUGUAUUCCAGUGUUCCAGGCCACCCCCUGCUCAUUCCAAGGAUUUACAUUCCACAAUUGUUGCUGCUUAUCACUGUGUCACAACAUGGCUUGUUGAGCACCCUAAUUUAUUAAAUGAUAAGGAAACAGUUCACACUGUUCUGGAGGUUGUAGAACUUGGAAUAUCAGGAUCAAAGUCACAGCCAAAAAGAAGUGAUCCUCCUAAACUCAAAGGUGACAAAGAACUGAAACCAGCAUCGAUGCGUGUAAAAGAUGCUGCUGAAGCUGUAUUGGCACACAUGCUUGAUUAUGUUGGAUAUUUUCCACCUCCCUGUGGAUCGCAGAAUUUAUCAUCUCUGUUAGAUGAGAAAUCUUUGUUGCAACAGUGCAAAAACUUGAAUGAUGACCAACUGACCAAAGAAGAAGUUGUUAAACACUUCCGAUACUUUGCUGUGGACAGUUCAAUUAUUCUAGCUCUUUUGGAACAGCACCUGGGAAAUGAACAAGAUCCACAGCCAACGUUAACAGCUUUAAUAAGAGGUCCCUUUGGUCGUUAUGCAUGGUGUGUGCAGUUGCGUCAUUUACCAUAUAGCAAGUCUGGCAACAAACCUUAUUCUAUAAACCCAGGCAGACCUUUGCCAUUAAAUGAUGUUGGGACAGUGUACAAUAUUAAACAACGAUAUUUUCCAGAAUCAGUGGACAAAAUAACAACUUGUCAAGCGGAUCAUAGCAUACCAUCGCUUGAUAACGUUUCUCAGGAUGAAGUUAAUGAGUAUCAGAAAGUUUUGCAGCUUAUUGACAACCAAAUUAAUUUUGAGACUUCUGUUAAGAAACAGGUUGAAUUGGAAGACAAGGAUUAUCCAAAUCCCGAAACUGAAUGCAAGAUACCAAGCUUAUGUCAAGAAUUUCAAACAUCACGCUUGUUUCUUGCUCAUCUUGGAUUCCUACACUCAGAUGCAUUAAAGGAAUCCCUGACUCAACCACUACCAUCUUUGGUGUCAUUAGAUAAUGCUAAAGAAAAUAUGUAUUCAAGAUUAGAGGAAAUUGACAACACUCCAAGUCGAACAGCUGAUACUGUCUUUAUAUUUUAUGUAAGAAGUGGGCAGUCUUCGGUUAAUUCUUUUCUACAAAAUGUGGUGACCAUUAACAUACACCCUCACUUCCAUGAGUUUUUAAGAUCGUUAGGUUGGUCUGUGGAUGCUAAAAAACAUUCAGGAUGGACUGGCCAUAUUUCAACUGCAUGGAAGAUUUUGCCCAAUGAAGAUCUUGAGUCUAUCGAAGAAGAUCACACAGUUAGUGCAUUCAAUGGGAAAAAUAAAGUUCUGUACUGGUCUGAUGUUAAUUCUGAGUUGGCCUUUGUUGUACCGAGUUAUUCUUCUCAGGAUAAAGUAGCAAGAAGGGAAAUGAAAUCCGUUGACUUUGGUGAUGAAGUGUUGCUUAGAAAUAAAGAUCUAACCAACUCCCCCAGAGAAAUAGAAAGGAGAACUAUGCCAGCUGGAUCUUUUUCUGAAGCACCGAUGCCUAGGGCUAUGUCUCUCAACUUAGACAACACAGAUGACUUAUCUCAAGGACAAGGUCGAAGUUCUGGCAGAAAAUAUGGUCGACAGCAUAGCUGUGCUACAGUUUGUGAUAUGAAAGUUGUGGUUGUUUGGCUUGAAAACUUGGAUGAUCAGACUUCAUUCCCUCUUGCUGAUAUUAUACCAUUUAUGAGUACAGGAUUAGAGCCACCAAAUUUUAUAGCCCGAACAUCAGAAAAGGAUUUGUUUGUAAUUUUUGUUCAUCCAUUACAAAAUGGGCUCUAUCAAAUCAAACUACAAGGACCCGCUGGAAAAAUGUCCCUUGCAUUACCCUUGGUAGAUGGAAUGGUUGUAAGCAGAAGAACUCUGGGAGUUCUUGUAAGACAGACAGCGUUGAAUAUGCUGAAAAGAAGGCGGUUAGAUGCAGAUAGCUGCCAACCUCCACAUGUAAGACGCAAGUUAAGAAUACAAGAUCUUAUAAAUAAGUUCCACAAGAAACUUUCAGAACCAGAAUUCUUAUCAUCUUUGUUUCAACCCUGUUCUGGACAUUAGCUGUAAAUAUUUUAUGUUGUUACUUGUGUGAAUACAAUUUCUAUUUUACAUAGUUGUUAUUUUUGUAAAUUGAAUAAAUUAUUAUUAAAUGUU